GGUGAACAAACCUUGUCUUCGUAUACAUCCCACUGAUUUCUGACCUGCUCGUAUGUACAAUUUGCGCUCUUUCAUUUCUCAUGCUCAUUCUGUCUAUUAUCAUUAGACACACUUUGAGAUCGUGAUAAUCGCAGACAUGCAGGAUGAUAUCAAUGCUGUUUCCCAGAUACCACCAAUCAAAAUCCCCAAUCUUAUGCAGCGUAUUCUUGAUACAGAGCAGUCCAAGAAGGAGAAGCGCGAUAGCACCAGGAAAAUGGCCGUGUAUCGUGAAUCCAUCGAGAUCAACGCAUUCACAGAGGCAGACCAUGACAAAGCGACCAACAUUAAAGUUCCAUUGCAACGGAAGUACUCUGGCAGAAAGCCCAUCAUAUCAAACUCCCUUGCAGACAUUCCAUGCGCUGACCUAGGGAUUGACGGGCUUCUAUCACAUCUCAAUACCCUCCUUCAAACGGAAUACACGCUGACUACCCCAUCCUUAUCUUCGCUUUUGCAAUCCUGCAUCUCGAAUAACUAUGAUUUUGGCACUGCAUACAGCCGCCUCCGCCUGGGAUGGUUUACUGACUUGACAACCAUCAGAGAAGUCCAGCGCAAACUUGAAGCGGAGGACCGGGAAAUGCGAGAGCAGGGACUUGCCGACAAUCAAAUUCGAACUGCCAUGCCGCCACGGCGCGUUUGGGAUCUGCACAGUAACCGAGUGGUGCUGUACUGGCUUAUCUUGGAGGAGCCAUGGGCGAUUUCGCAUGAUUGGGUGGAUAAGCACCCUCGCCACGGUGUGACAACUCCUAUCAACGGAGGUGAAUGGCCCGUACUGAUACCGGAAGACACGAACCUGAACUAUAUCCGGAUUGAGCUACUCAAUCUGGGUGCAGAGUAUGUAUGGCUGGAUAUUCUCUGCUUGAGACAGAAAGGAGGGAAGAGGGAAGAUCUACGCAAGGAAGAAUGGAUCUCUGAUGUGCCCACUAUCGGAAAUGUCUUUCGAUGGUCUGAAGUGAUCGUACACUACUUGAAUGGGCUGGGGAGGGUGUCCGGUCCAACAGGUUUUAAGAGGAACCACUUCGAUGUUUGCAAUCGCUCUUGCUCUCAGAAGCAAGUUUCCGACUAUAUGAAUGAUGGCCCGUGGGAUGCUGAGCAGACUGAAGAGGAAAGCAGUCGCAAUGUUAAUCUGUUUGUCAUACUGGCAAGCAUGCGGAAUCGGGUGUCCACCAAUCCUGUGGAUAAAGUUGCAGGGCUGGCAUACCUUCUACGGUCGCAUACCCUGCCAGCAUACUAUGAGUCGCAGUCGCUUGAGGAAGCUUGGACAGUACUGUUGCUGCUCGUGUAUCCUGAACCGGGGAAUGCAGUUAAAAGGUGGAGACCAUCGUGGGACCAACUCAUGACAAAGCUUCCGCCAGUGGAUAGCCUCCAUCCGUUGAGUGUUUAUCGGGAUGAGAGGAUGGAUGAAGACUUAUGCGAUGGGUUUUGCAUUGAAAAGGCGCUUGUGCGAGGAUUGGCCAUGGCGGAAGGGUCUGAUCGAUAUGGAGAGCUAAUCGCUAAAGACGUGGCUGGGAUAGAACAUGGAUUCCACAUCACUGCCUCCCACAUGCACUCGAUACCCGAGGACAUGUACACACUACUCAUUCCCUCUCACCACACCAUUCAAUUGCCGCUUUCUUGCGUUGCCGGGAGACGACUGCCAGGGGAGAGAUUUGAGAAAGUGUCGGUGUUCGAAAUGACUGACUCGGAGGAAGUGAAGAGGCUAGAGGAAUUGGGCAUUGCUGUAAAGCGUCGUAAUAUUCUCGUUUGAUGUAUAUGCAAAAACAUCUGAUCAUUUUGAGUUCGUGAACAACCGACCCCGGCCUGCAGUACUGCGCUGUGCAUUUACGCAUGUCUAGGUACUUUCUGAGUCUCUUGUCAUGCAAUCGGCUGAGAUUACUGCUUCAGCAGAUUUCUAUGUCGUCGCAGUAAGAUAAGCAGCGAGCAUUAUCUCACUUUGUAAUAUCCUUCACGAUGACUUCACCUCAUCACUAAACCCAAUCCAUUGCGAGGUGCGUGAUAGUUCUCCAGAAUUGUACGGUGUACCUGCAUUAUAACAUCAAUCGA